GCUUUUUCAGCAUUAGAGUCAGAGAGAGAGAGAGACAAGACCUAAUCUGAGAACAAGACUGAGAAAAGGAGGCAUUCAAAUAUAAAAGUUGCCUCACUUUUAUUCUGGAUGGUAAGGGAAACGUGAGGAGUGACUCUACAAGCCUUGCAUAGAAACCAAAGAUAGUUGGAGAGGAGCCUGAAGAAAGACAACUUUUAAAGAGCAUCAAAAACUUUGCUUAGGAUCAAAACAUAACCGUUUUCAUUAUUGGUUUUUCAUUUUGCAAGUCUCUUUCAUUCUUUGACCAUGAGGCGCAUGUAUCUGCUGAGUCUGGGUCUUCUAGCAUUGACAGAGACCAUCCUGAUGCUAACAACCUGUGAACAUGGAUAUAAGUUUAAAAAAAGAAAGUGUGUAGAUGAAAAUGAGUGUGAGCUAGAACCACCCAUUUGUGGAAAAAAUUCUGAUUGUUUCAACACUAAUGGAAGCUACGUCUGUCAGUGUCAUGAAGGAUUUACUGCAACUCCAACUGCGAUUGAAUGCGAAGACAUCAACGAAUGUGUGGUCGGCAGCGCUGAUUGUGGUCCUAAUGCAAAAUGUAUCAAUUCUGAAGGAGGUUAUAAUUGCACGUGUCAAAUUGGCUACAUUUCCAGCAAUGGAAAAGAGAUAUUCAAGUCAGGACAAGGAGUUCAUUGUAUUGACAGAGAUGAAUGCGACGACUCUAGUUUUUGUGGAAAACAUGCAACAUGUCAUAACACUCCUGGCAAUUUCUACUGUAUCUGCGAUGCAGGAUUCAGACUGAAGUCAGGAGAAACUAACUUCACUGAUAUAUAUGAAUCCUGCGAGAGUGUAUGUGAGAUUGAUAAAUUUAUAUGUGGAGGAGGAGAAUGCAAAAACAACAAAGAUGGCCAUGAAUGUGUGUGCAGCUCAGGAUUCACUAACUAUGGUCACAAGCAAAUGAAGUGCACAGAAAUUAAUUGCGACAGAUUAUUAAGUGAGAGCAAAGCAUCCCAGGCAUUGCCAGAGCUCAUAAAACUGGUCUCUUUGAUGAACAACAGCUGUCUGGUACUGAGUCAGAGUGAGUUUACACGAGUGGAUGGUGAAAAACUUUUGGAGGCAUUUCUGAGAGCUCUAGAUGAACUGCUUCAUGCUGGCUUACAUGGUGAUAAUGCUAAAGUCUCAGCAUUGUUUAGUAUUGUGGAAAUCAUGCUAAAACUGAUCGGACCUCUGCUGUCAAAAAGUGUGACCAGGAGAUUAAGCAAUCAAACUGAAGUGGUGAUGUUGCUAAAAAGGGACAGUUUUCCAUCUGAUUUGAUAAUGUCCACCAGUGACACACAAUUUACCUCUCCCUGGGACACAGCAACAGGAAAUAAUCACCUUGGCUUUACUACUGCAGCUUUCCUCAGCUACAAAAAUCUGGAGAAAUCCCUCAACAGCUAUUUUAACCAUUUAGAGACGUGGGAAAACCAAACUUUCAAGAUCAAUUCAAAAGUUGUAACUGCCACUGUUAGUAACAAUGAGACAGCCAAUCUAAAGAAACCUGUAAAUCUCACCUUUUCUCACUUGGAGAAAAAGGAUGAGAAGCAUAUCUGUGUGUUUUGGGAUCAUAAACUGGAAGGGGGCGCGUGGUCAACACAGGGCUGCACUACAGUGAGCUCCAGCGCCACUCGCACCGUCUGCUCCUGCUCUCACCUCAGCAGUUUUGCAGUGCUGAUGGCUCUCUAUGACAUUGGGGAUGUAUACGAGCUGCGUCUGCUCACAUUGGUGGGACUGCCACUGUCUCUGGUCUGCCUCCUCAUCUGCAUCGUCACGUUUUACUUAGUGCGAUCCAUCCAGAGCACACGCAACACCAUCCACCUCCACCUCUGCAUCAGCCUCUUCAUCGCCUACUUUGUGUUCCUCGUGGGCAUCACCCGCACAGAGAAUAAGGUGGGCUGUGCAGUCGUUGCAGGCAUUCUGCACUACUUCUUCCUGGCUUCCUUCUGCUGGAUGUGUCUGGAAGGAGUGCAGCUCUUCCGCAUGGUGGUGCUGGUCUUCAACACAACGCUGAGACCCAUCUACAUGUUUGCCGCUGGUUAUGGAGUUCCUGCUGUUAUUGUUGCCAUUUCAGCCACAGUGAAUGCAAGCGGAUAUGGUACAGAUAACUACUGUUGGCUCAACAUUAAAGGGGGCUUCAUCUGGAGCUUUUACGGGCCAGUUUGUGUCAUAAUUAUUGUUAAUGUAUUAUUCUUCCUCAUAACAAUAUGGAAGCUGGCGGAAAAAUUUUCCUCCCUAAACCCAGACUUAAACAGUCUACGCAAAAUCAAGGCAUUUAUGGUCACUGCGAUCGCUCAGCUGUGUAUCCUUGGCAUCAUGUGGGUGUUUGGCUGUUUUCAGUUUGAUAAAGGCACUCUGGCAAUGUCCUACAUCUUCACUAUACUGAGCAGCCUGCAGGGGGUGCUGAUGUUCAUCAUGCACUGCUGGCUCUCAAAACAAGUGAGAGAGGAGUAUGCCAAAUUCCUGUCCUGCAUCUGUGCACCACAGAAGAGGAAAUACACAGAGAUGAACUCAAACCAAACAAGCAAAUCGCAGGCCUCCAGGAGCAAUACUCACACCGGUGAAUCACACAUUUAAGAGGCCAUUUCAACAAACUAUUCAAUUUUUCAUCUUUUUGCAAGUUGGAGUGUCACAUUUCUCUGUAUGCUUUCUGUGGAAAUUUUUGUAAAAUGCAUUUGGAGAAUUCUUCUAGGGGAACUUUCCUUUCCCUCAGGAUCAUUUUAUUAAGAAAAUGUUAAAUGCUGUUAAAGAAAUCUUUAUUGUUUAAGGACAUAUUAUAACGUGUCUCUUUGCUUUGUUUGUGUGUGUUUUUGUGUGUGUAUAAAUAUAUAUAUAUAAUUUUUUUAUUUUAUUUUUUUGCUGCAAUUUCUUCUUAAAAUCAAUAUGAUUCAGUUUGAGGUCAGUAAGUUUUAUAUAUAUAUAUAUAUAUAUAUAUAUAUAUAUAUAUAUAUACAAUUAAUCUCGCACACCUGCAGGUAAUAAAUAGGUGCAUAGGAAAACAGACCAAACCAAGUCCAAAAAAAAAAAUAAUUUAAAAAUAAAUCCGCCCACUCACUCUCAAUUCUUGCACAUAUAUCCAAAACUUUAUCAAUAACAUUUCAGUACCAUGACCUUCAUCAGGUAUAGAAAAAAUAUUCAGGCACAACCUCAUUUAAAAUCAACACAUGACCAAUCACUGCAAAAAUACAUCAUAACCAAUCACAAUCAGUGAUGUAGGUUACUGAAGGUUACCUCAAAAAAAAAAAAAAAAUGUAUAAAAAUAGUUGAACAAUAGUUGAAUUUAUAAAAAUUACCCCAUUCAAAAAAUUUAAAUACGCCUACAUUUUAAUACUGUGUUUUUCCAUGGACGUUUAUUUUUAUUUUUAUUUUCUUAUUUUCUUUUUUUUCUUAUAUAUAUAUAUAUAUAUAGUUGUUUAUGAGUCCCUUGUUUUCUCAUGAAUUCAUUGGUUUUCCAGCAUCUUUUGUGUAUUUGAGCCCUUUCCAACAAUAACUGUAUGAUUUUGGGCAACUGAGGGACUCUAUUACAAAAGGUUCAAAUACUCACUGAUGCUCCAUGAGUAAGAAUAUAACCUUCGGUAACCUACAUCAUUGAUUGUGAUUGAAGUGAUUGGUCAUGUGUUGAUUUUAAAUGAGGUUGUGCCUGAACAUUUGUUCUAGACCUGAUGAAGAUCAUGAGACUGAAACCUUGUUGUUGUAUGUGCAACAUUUUAAUUAACCAAUCAAAAUUGAGGGAUACCUUUUCAGGAAAAAUCUGUUUUAGGCUUACGAUCAGGGUUAGGUGUUCCUACACCCUUGUUUUUAAUCAGUUAUCAUUUCCCUCUGAAUUUAGGAAUAAAUAAUGGGUAGGGUUAGGUUUAGGGCUAGGGAUUGAGUUUAGUCAAUAUUUCUGGCAAGUAAUGUUGAUCCAGGAUUAACAAAAGAUUUUCUAUUAUUUAGUCUUACUUGGCUAAAUAAACAGCGAUCAUAUAUAUAUAUAUUUAUAAUAACAAAUAUUUUUUUUCUAUUUUAAUUUAUUUUAAAAUGAAAUGUAUUCCUGUGAUGGUAAAGAUGAAUUUUCAGCAUCAUUACUCCAGUCUUCAGUGACACAUGAUUCUUCAGAAAUCAUUCUAUUAUUCUGAUUUGCUGCUUAAGAAACAUUUAUUAUCAUUAUCAGUGUUGAAAACAGCUGUGCUGCUUCAUAUUUUUGAUUUCAGGCCUCUUGAUAAACAUAAAUUUCAAAAGAACAGCACUUAUUAAAGAAAAAAAAUUUAUGUUUUUUCACAUUUUUAAUGUAUUUACUGUCAUUUAUGAAAAAUACUGUAUGUGUACUUGCAGAAUAAAAUUAUUAAUUUCUUUAAAAGAAAUGUACUAACCCCAAACUUUACAAUAGUGUAAAAAACAUUCCAAUUAAUGUUUUAUAAUUUUUUUGUUUUGUAAUUGUUUUUAUUUAUGUUUUAUUUAAAAAAAAAAUUAAUGUACAAUUUAUAUUUUUAAAACAAAGAAUAACCAUCCCCAAUGCUCCUGUCAUCAGUGAUCAAGCAGGAAGAAGAUUCAGGUUUUUCCCAUAUAAAAUACUUGAGAAUAUUAUCUUAUUAGUGAAACUAUAAUUGCUCUUGUUUUCCGUAUCAUUAUUCAACACAUUAUUCUGCAUAAACUGGUUCAUGAAUUGUUUUAGUUAUGGUGAAGCUGAGCAUUACAUUUUGCACAUGAAUCGAUAGUAUUCUGCAAUUUUCCUUAUCUGCCUGUCACUAUUUAAUGCUCAUUUUAUUUUUUGAUGUUGCAGGGUUUUUUUAUAUUAAAAUGUUUAUUUGGAUUCUC